AUGGGGUCGAUUGAGAGUGAUCGCAAGGGAUACAUCACGAUGUUCCGCGGCAUCGUUGUCCUCUACACAUUUCCCUCUCUUUCCACGGAAAUAUGCCAAAACUUAUUUGCAGGGGUUUUCUUUGAUGGAUAUCGGUGUGGGCCUCUACAUCGUUAUCAGUGCUCUCGUUGCAUCGUCGCGCCGAUCCCUAGCUUCCUUUUUGCGAUCGGAGCUCGUGUUGUUGGCUUUGGGUUUUACGCGCUGGCUUUUUCUCCGCGGUUUUUUCUGCCUUUUCGUGUUCAUCUAGUUACGGGCUAUGUCGCUUCCUCGCUCGAGUAUGGUCGCGACUGGAACUUUUUCUUCUCGCUCGCCGUCGUUUUCGCUGCGGGUCGCACGGCGCUGCAUCUCAUCCGCUCUCCGUUCGUUCUGCUUGCGAGCGGUCUCGGGCUCGCUGGAUAUUACCAGCUUCUGCUCUCAAUCGGACUUUCAGAUUCGCUGCGCGCUCCCUCGGAGAAGGGAUGGCUGAUGGCGAAUGCGGUGGGGAUGUUCGCUUGCUUCGGACUGACGAGUUUGUACUGGAUGUGCGCUGGAAUCUCUGGAAUUCUUCGACGCGGUGGAGGAAAAUGCGCAGGAUGGAUGGUGACGUUCUGGGUAGCGAGCGGAUCUUUAUUCUGGAUGUUGAACAGCUUUGUAGAGCCUGCGUCGAGACGGAUGUGUAAUGCUGCAUUUGUAUUGCUGGUGUUAUUUGUGAUGAUGUCGAUUUUACUGUGCGGAUACACGUUGAAUACAUUCUAUGGAUCGUUCUUUGUCCCGAUGAUUUUGGAUGCAUUCAACAAACACCAGCUUUUCGCGUUUCUGCUUGCAAAUGUUUUAACUGCGGUAGUGAAUGUGUCUAUAAAGACCUUAUUUGUGCAGAACUGGGCAGCAUUUUUGCUGCUGGCUAUGUACCUGGGAGUUGUGUCGUUUUUCACUUGUCUACUCUCCAAGUAA